CGGACUGGUCUGUCCUUCUGCUCCAAGAUGUCUCUCAAAGACCCCUGCCCCCAAAAUGAUACAGAAGAUAACAUUGUGGAACAAUCUGGAAAUCUUAAGAACGAGGACUUGACUACUACACGUCAAAGAAUAACAUUUUAUGGCCAUGAAAGCCAAGGUCCACACAACCAUACCGGCUAUUUCUACCCUGGGUUAGAGAAUUGGGGGAAGAGUAGUUUGGCUGUGUCUCCUGUAAUGGUGGCAAGUGUAGUCAUAGGUAUGGUCACCGCCAUCUCCUGCGUCACCAUCAUCCUGGGCAGCCUGCGCAAGGAAAGGCGGUCGUGGCUGCAGCCCCGCCGCCCCAGUGGGGACCACGAGGAUGGCCAAGACUCGGAGGGGGAAACAUACUGGAGCAGCGGGAUACACGACACCUGCAACCUUGUGGGGUACUGGACCAUGCCCUUUGACCUCAGCUCUGAUCCAGAGGCGGAGGCCAUCAGGCUCCACUGGCUGUGCAGGAAUCCUCCACCUCGCUAUGAAGAGUGUAUGGGACCAGGGGCCACUCAGCUGUACCUCCCCAUGGACGCACCACCACCCUACUCGCUGAUCAACACCGACCACAGCUCCAGAGGAUGCCAGCAGGUGGAGAGUGGCCUCCACACCAACUCCAUGGAUGCCCUGCCCCCUUAUGAGGCUGUGUGUUGGCCUAGCCCUCCACCGAGCCUGCUGCCACUGCCAGGGCCCGAACCAGAGCCACGCAGCUUCCAGGGCUCACCCACCCCAAAUGGGAGCCCAGAGAGAAUCGUGUGA